AUGUCUGGUCAUCAACAUCAUCAUCAUAAGCAACAUAACCAUCAUCAUCAGCAUUCAGGAGGACUUGGUAGCGGCCCAGGCAGCGUUGUGAAAGAAAAUGAUAAAUCAAAAGGCCCUGCUUCUCUUCAUAAAGAAGGAGGAGGUUCUGCUUGUUCGCACAAGAGCCAGGGAAGUGCUCAUAGUAGUCAACACGGUAAACAUGAGGGGCAUAGCGGUAGUCAUCAUCAUCAUGGAUCAAGCGGAAAUCGUGGCAGCCAUCAUGCAGGACAUGGCGGUGCUCAGCAGAAUGCACCGGGUGGUGAACAACACAACGCACCCACCGGAUAUAACGCUGGUCAACACAGUACGCCCGCUGGAUAUAGCGGUCAACAUAAUGCGCCACAAGUUGGACCCGGGGUAUAUGGUGGCCAACAUAAUGCACCAGGUACUGGAUCAUAUGGUGCACCACCAGGACCGUAUGGUACACCACCAGGGCCAUAUGGUGCACCACCAGGAUCAUAUAAUGCACCACCAGGACCAUAUAAUGCACCACCAGGACCAUAUAAUGCACCACCAGGACCAUAUGGUGCACAUGGGCCAUAUGGUGCACCCCCCGGAGCGUAUGGUGCACCUCCUGGACCAUAUGGUGCACCUCCCGGAGCGUAUGGCGCACCCCCUGGACCAUAUGGCGCACCUCCUGCAGGAUAUGGCGCACCUCCCGGAACAUAUGGUGCACCUCCUGGAGCAUAUGGCGCACCUCCCGGAUCAUAUGGUGCACCUCCUGGAGCAUAUGGCGCACCUCCCGGAGCAUAUGGUGCACCUGGUGGAUAUGGUAGACCAAGCGCACCCGUUAUAUAUGGCGGUGGUCAACCUAAUAUGCCCGGUGGCGUACCUCAUGGUAGACCCGCUGGACCACAUAGCGGACCUAGUGGCGGUCAAUAUGGUGUGCCUGGUAGAUCUGAAGGUUCUCAAUAA